AUGAUCAAGAGUACCCCGAAGAUUGAUCAAGAUGCUGGCGGUGUUAGCGGUGACAAAAAGAUUGUCAAGACUGAGCUUGAGGGCUAUGUGUUGUCAGGGGAUAUCAAGAACCUUUUCGGUAUCAAGGGUUUGAAAGCCAAGCUGUACAAGUUCAAAGGUAACGAGGACGACUCCGAGCCAGCCCGCGAAAAAGUCAUCCUCAACCCCGAGAGCUACGCCCUAAAAAGAAAGCCCCUAGGAACACUCUUCCCCUUCAUCAACGACAUCGACCUCCAGAAGAUGCCAAUCACGAACCUCGCGUUCACCUAUUGUGAAGAGAAGGAAAGCGACUUAUUCCCUCCCGGUUUGCGCCUUGAAGCCGACGUUAAGCUCGAGGAUAGCAUGCAGUGGGCGAGCGAUGCGCUAAAGUCAAUGUUCGCUGGCCAGGAGACCCCCGACUCUAUUCAUCUCAGUGCACAUCUGGCGGAUAAGAGAGAUUGGACUAAGAGGCCUCGUGUUGAGAAGCUUGUUCUUCGGGGUGACUUUCACGAUAUGGCGCUGAAGACUUGGGAUUUUCUCCAGUUCAAGACCAUGGGUGUUGAGAUUACCGGCACAAAAGCUGGUAGGAGCAAGAAGGGUGAUAAGGAGGGAGGUAAGGAUGAUGGAAAGGAUGAAGACAACCAAGGUAAGUUGGAAAGUAAGGAUAACACCUCUGCCGAAGACCCUCCCAAAGAUACUACCAAAGUGAAACCGGAAAAGCCCGAGUCUGGUGCUGUUGACAAACCAAAAUCUGCAACGAAAGACACCGAGGUACGCUGUUCUCAUCCCAUUCCCAAUCUCUCCACUGUAAAGGGGAAACCACCUGAGCCCACGGACGAUGCUGAAGACGCGGCUGAGACUGAAGAGGCAGACGACGAGAACGAUGACGAUGAAGAGAAAAAACCCAAAGAAAAGCAGUCGUGGAACUUUGGUUUUGGCUUCAUUGGGACGCUGAUGUUUACCAAAGUUCCUCACGCCAAUGCUCCUGUCGAGUUGAACUACCGCAUUGCUCGGGACUUUGAGCAAUGGUCGAAUGGCGAGCACAAGAGAAUGUGGAACUUCGUCAUCUGGUGCGAGAAGUGGGACGAUAUCUACGGCAUCGAGAAUGUCUCGUUGGACAAAGCCGCGCUCAAGACAUCGUUCGAGCAAGGUAAAUUCAAGGAGACCUUGCGUUUGGACCUACUCGCAGACUUGAAGCUGGGAAGUGGAACCUUUACAGUUAAAGGGGAGAUUUCGAAGACAGACGAAAACUCCUUGGAUGCCAAGAUUGGUGACCUCAAGUUGAGUGAGAUCAAGAAGAUUCACGCACAAAUUGCCGGCUAUGAAGUACCAGAAGACAAGGAGGAAGCCAAGGGGAACGAACUCACUUUCAAGGAACUCCAUCUCAACCUGUCCAGCAAGAAGCGCAAGGAGGAGAAGACGACAGAGAGAUCUUUGCAAUUGGACGGUCAUGUUACGUUCAACGAGCAUGCCAGCACCAGUGCCCUGCUUAAGAUCAAUCAGGAUGGUCUGACAAUUAACGGAGAUAUUCAGGAGUUCAAUAUUCCCGAUACAAGCGUCAAGAUCCAAAAGGCAGGUCUGAAUAUUUACGUCGCCUUCAAACAGGACAAGAAGAAGAUCAAGGGCAAGAAGGGUGACAAGACAGCCAAAUCCAUCACCAACAAGCCUGCGCCUGCUGAGCAAGACAGCAAAGCCAAACCCGCUGAUGAGGAGAAAGCAGUAACGAAGCCAGAUGCAGAGAAAAAGAAAGAGGAUGAUAAACCCACAAAGCCCAAGCGAGAAAGCCAGUUCUCCGUUCUCGGAAUCGUUCAGAUCGAAGAGUUCGUUGUCACGGUUGGUCUCCACAUCGAGCAAAAGAAGGACAAGAAGAAUCGCGAGUGGCUUGCCAUCGGCAGUGUCAAGAGCGUCAAAUUGUCCAAGCUUUGGCCCGAGCUGCAGGGCGGGUUCUUGGACUUGGAGCUGGACAAUAUGGCACUGAUUGGCUCAUCAGAGGAGAGGGAGGUAAAGGAAGACAGCGUUCAACUAUGUGCAACCAUUCGGAAAUUCGACGCACUUGAGAAGAUCAACAACAACCAAAAGAUCGAUGGCCUCGUGUUGAUCGUGGGCUUCUCUUUCGAAGGAAAACUCGAGAUAAGAAUCAACAUGCCGAAGUCUAUGGAGAUUGCUCUCCGCGACUACGCAAAACUUGGCGAAUUCGGUGCUGCCAUCGCCACAGAUAACGGUAUUCCUUACCUGCAGCUCAACGCUACCUUGAAGAUGUUGUUCGACGACCAGCCUCCAAUCAGGGUCAGAGGUAACGUCAAGGGAGCCAUCGAUCGUGCCGAGGGACAGCUCUUUAUGGACUCGAAGGAUAAAUGGAUCAAUCCUUUCAACUUGAACAAGAACGUGGUCGUAUCGAAUAUGGGAAUUGGUACCGGAUUCAAGUACGCGACUGUCGUUGUUCACGGACCAGAUCGCAUGGAGGCAGCAGGAAAGAUCAAGGUUGGCAAAGAGUUCGAGGCAGACAUGGCCUUAAGUCUAGGUAUCGGCAAGGACCAGGUCAUUUCGUUCAACAUCAGCGAAAUCAACAUUAUGGAGCUUGUGAAGCUCGCUGGGGAAAUGGCUGAUAUUAAGGCCCUGAAAAACAUCGAAGGUGCUGAUGACAUUCUCGUCUUCCGUGACUUGAAGCUGUAUCUCUCAACGGGUGCAAAGGUUUUUGAUGUCUACUAUGAACGCGGUAUCCAUAUUAAAGGAAGUAUGGAGUUUUUCAAAAAGAAAGGCGACUUUGAAGGGCGCCUCAACGACGACGGUUUCAUGAUCAAAGCAGGCGUUGAUAACUUCAACAUCGGAGGCCUUGAGCUUAGAUCUGCCAAAGACGAUGGAAAACGGGCGUCAAUGGAGAUCACAAUGACAAAGGAGACGCAGAAGAUUCUGAUCGAUGGGAUGAUCCGUUUUCAUGCUUUGCACCUGAAGAUGUACAUUGACGCCGAUGUGCAGGAAAGACGCCUGGAUGCCGAUGUUUCUAUUCAGUUCUUGGAGCAACUUUCCUUCAAGAUGAAGGCACAUGCCGAGAUCCCUGAAAACAAGACACUGGAUGGCCUGCUGGUCAGAUUUGAAGCAGAGCUCCGUCCUGACCUCUUCGGUGCGAUCUUUGAUGGUAUUAACAACGGAAUCGAUGCGAUCGGAAAACUUGCAACGCAAACCAUCGACGACGCCAUCAAGGACCUUCAGGGACAGAUUAACACGCACGAAGGCGAACUGGCCAUUAUGAAGAAGGAUUUGGACCAGAUGAAACUAAAGUCGGAUGGAGAGGUCCUGAAGCGACAAACGGAGGUAAAUAAAAAAAACAACGAACUGACCAGCUUGAGAAACGAGCUUGACCGAUAUGACGAAGACGUCAAAGAUGCCCAGGCCAGAAUGAACCGGAACAACGAUGACAUCAAAGCGAAGGAAAUGAAGAGAGAUAGCGUGCAGCGUCAACUCGAUAACAAAGUGCGAGAAAUGAGAACUGAAUAUGAGAGCAAGGUGGCCGAGCAACAGCAAAAGCAGGCAGAUUGGGAGCGUAAGAAGAAGAGCCUUCAAGACCAAAAGGAAGCCUCAUGGGGAGAUUCUCUGAGAAAUAGCGAAAAUGCAGAAAGGAGUUGGAGUUGGUGGGAAGACCAGGUGCAUCAGGCAUGGGUCUGGAAGGAACAGGCCUGGACAAUUCAUCUGAAUGCUGGCUUUUUUAACAAGCUUCCAACGCAAAUUAAAGUUCGCCGAGAUGCUAACAACGAGAUUCUCAAACUUGGAAGGGAAAUCGCGAGCUCUCCGGUCUUUAGACAAAUUGAAAGUGGCAUCAACGAUGCCGUCAGAGAAAUCGACAGGUUCGGUAGAGCUCUCGACUCGCUGACGAGGAACGGUGUCUAUGGCUAUAUUCAAGAAAUGUCGAGAGACGAACGAACUGAACUGGAUCGCCAAAUCCAACUACUCAAUGAGCUCCGGGACAAGAGCAGGAGGUUAGAAGCUAACCUCAAAAGCGCAAUCGAUGCACUUAACAGGAACAAGGGCAGAAUUACAAGCCAGGAGAAGGCAGUUCAAUCGCGCAUUUUGAAGCUGGAGCAAGAAAUCGAGCUCAAGCCUUUCGAAGAGGCGUAUCGGAACAAGAAGAAUGACCAUGACAGAGUCGUCGCGCAGGUUCAAGUCAUCCAGCAAACCCUCAAAGAUAUCAGAAAUGGCAUCGAUGCACAUACCAAGGCAGCGAAGCAAGUUGUCGAAGCGCUCAAACAGGCAACGCCCCGGGUCACACUCAUUGUUGUCAAGGCCAGCACCGAGGUAUUCGCCAAGAAUGAGCCACUUGUCUUUUCGGUUGAUGUAGCGUGGAUGGGAGUGAAGAAAAGGUAUGAGGUGACAUGGUCGCCGGGUUCAAAACCAGCAGAUUUGUACAAGGACAUUGCAGACAAGGCGGUCGGCUUCCAUUGA